CAAGAGAGCACCGUAAAGGCAAAGAGGAGAAAGAAGAAGAAAAUUUCUGAUAUUCUGGAAAAAUCCACUCCAAAACCUGCUGUCCCUGCAGAUCUGCAAAAUCUACUUAGUCAACAUUUUGGUGAAAACCGUUCAGUGAUUGAAAUAGAAGAAUUAAAGCUGCCAGAUUCCUGUUUUUUGCCAUACAAUGAUCUUACCCACAGUUUUUCUUCAUACCUGAAGGAAAUCUGUCCUAAGUGGGCAAAACUCCGUAAAAACCACAAGGAGAAGAAGUCAGUGGUGAUGCUGGUUAUCUGCAGUUCUGCACUUCGUUCCUUGGAACUCAUCAAGUCAAUGACAGCAUUUAAAGGAGACUGCAAAGUUCUCAAGCUGUUUGCAAAGCACAUAAAGAUAAAAGAGCAAAUGAAUAUGUUGGAGAAAGGCGUGUUCCACGUUGGGGUUGGAACUCCUGGGAGAGUAAAAGCGCUAGUGGAGCAAGAUGGCCUGUGCUUGAACUCCACAAAAUAUAUUAUUCUGGAUUGGAACUGGAGAGAUCAGAAACUAAGGCGAAUGAUGGAUAUCCCUGAGAUAAAGAAAGAAACAAUUGACCUGCUGGAGAGGAGUAUUAUAAAGCUGUGCAGAGAGGGGUCUGUGAAGCUGGGACUCUUUUAAUGGUUUUACCAACAAGGAAGUAAUUUGCAGCUGCAUUUUACUAUUCUGUCUGCAAUUGGCAAAUGAUUAACAGGUGAUGGAAUCAAGAAUUUUGACUCUUCAGAGGUCUGUCAGUACAGACAGAAUGCACACUGCAACUUUUUCUGACUUUCUUUUAAUAAUAAAGCAGAAGUUUUUGUUUG